CCGGCUACGGGCGCUCUGCCGGCGACGGCCGGGGGUGGAGCCGCGAGGUAAAGUGGAAUGCUCAUCUGGGUCGCUCUCGGCGAGGCGAUUGUUGUUUUUCUUUUCGGGCUGCAGUUUUUGGUUUUGUGUUCUUUCGCUGUUCGUUUCGUUUUGACUCGUUCGGCAGUUGAUUGUGAGUCUGAUUCGUCCUGGUUCUUUUCUGGGUCGGUUUUUGAUGAUAGGUGAGGUGAAUCGAAGUCGGAAUUCUGUCGUUUAGAGCUGUUCUUGGGAAGUGAUUCGGAGGUUUCGACAAGGGCAUUGCAGAGAGAGAGAGAGAGAGAGAGAGAGUUGGUUUUUGGUGAGGGGGAAAAGUAUGGGUGAUGCUGAAGAUUCUCGAAACGAUACAUCGCGAGGGCUUCACUCUUCGUUCGGGACUCUGCAAUCUUCAAUCUCCAAGCAAGCAUUCUCCAUGAACCAGCUCGACAUACCGCACCUGAGUGCUCCGGACAUGCGCACGCCUAUGCGGCAAUUCGCGCAGAGCUUCGGCGGCGACAGUAGCAAGAGGGUGGGUAUACCGCCUUCGCAUCCGAACCAGAUCCCUCCGAUUUCGCCGUAUUCCCAGAUCCCAAUGCCGCGGCCUCUGAACCAGCAGAUGGGUUCUCCGAACUUUUGCCACGGGCCGACUCACUCGAGGUCCCUGUCGCAGCCGUCGAUUUUCAAUUUCGACACUCUGCCCCCGUUGAGCCCGUCUCCUUUCCGGGACUCCCCGUCGACCUCAAUCUCGGACCAUGUUUCGGGCGAUGUCUUGAUGGAGGAUCGAGAUGCGAAUUCGCAUCCUUUAUUGCCGCCCUCUCCGUUUGCCAGGGGAAAUCCUUCGCGGAUUGGCGAGAGUCUGCCGCCGCGCAAGGCACAUAGACGGUCUAAUAGCGACAUUCCAUUUUUAUCGUCACUUAUGCAAUCAUCCCCACCUCUUAUACCGUCGAAAGGAUUGGGUAUGUUGGAGCGCUCGGUAUCUGGGAGGGAGAGUAUGAGUUCAGCUAAGCCGGCUCAGCUGGUUAAAAAGGAAUCUAGCUGGGACAGAGGUGUUUACAACAAUGCAGAAGGCAUGGGUGAGCGAAAGUCUGAAGGGGAAGUCGUGGAUGACUUGUUCUCUGCUUAUAUGAAUCUGGACGGAAUCGAUGCGCUGAACUCUUCUGGGACUGAUGAGAAAAACGGUACUGAAACUCGUGAUGAUUUGGAUAGUAGAGCAAGUGGGACAAAGACGAAUGGAGGCGACAGCAGUGAUAACGAAGCAGAGAGCAGCGUGAAUGAAUGUGGGAAUAGCAUGCAGAGACUUGGAAUGAAUUCUUCAAGUGACAAGAGGGAGGGAAUCAAAAGGACUGCCGGAGGAGAUAUUGCUCCAGCUUCCAGGCACUACAGGAGUGUUUCCAUGGAUAGUUUUAUGGGGAAGCUGAAUUUCGCUGACGAGUCAACAAAAUUGCCUCCUUCUCCUGGAGUUCGGCCUGGACAGCUCUCCCCCCAAAAUUCAGUUGAUGCAAAUUCUAAUACUUUCAGCUUGGAGUUUGGGAAUGGGGAAUUUAGUGGGGCAGAAUUGAAGAAGAUUAUGGCAAAUGACAAACUUGCUGAGAUUGCCCUAACCGAUCCAAAGCGUGUGAAAAGGAUACUAGCGAAUCGCCAAUCAGCUGCACGCUCGAAAGAACGAAAGAUGAGGUAUAUUCAGGAGUUGGAGCACAAGGUUCAGACUCUACAAACGGAAGCCACAACAUUGUCUGCACAGCUUACGCUCCUACAGCGAGACUCUGUUGGGCUUACCAACCAAAAUAAUGAGUUGAAAUUUCGUCUUCAAGCCAUGGAACAACAGGCUCAACUACGUGAUGCCCUGAAUGAAGCAUUAACUGCUGAGGUGCAACGAUUGAAGCUCGCAACAGCAGAGCUGAGCUCGGAAUCUCAUCCUUCAAAGUGCAUGGUUUCACAGCUUCCUGUGAACUCCCAAAUGUACCAGAUCCAUCAGAUGCAACAGCAACAGCAACAGCAACAGCAGCAGCCUCAAUCGCAGCAGCAAAAUGGCAACACAACCACAAAGUCGGAGUCGAAUCAAUAGGAUGCGGGUGGUCCAGCAACUCCGGCGCCUCAACAAAUCUCACUUGUCUCGGUUCUCUUCGACAUCCAGCAGUAGCUUCUCUAGUGCAUCCAUUCAUUCAUUAGUUUUUGCAUAUGCAAACCCAAGUCUUUUGCAUGGUAUUGUUAUACAUCUAUAUAUCGCUCCAUUCGCAUUGCAUCUGUAGUUCUGAUCUAAGGUAUGAAGUCAUAUAUACUUAUAUACAGGCUGUAAUAUCUAAGUUUAUGUCCACAAGCAUUCAUUUUUUUUUCUUUUCCGGUUUUGUUUCAAUGGAGAUACCUGUGUCAGAAUAUAAGCACUGGGUAGACAUGAUUUGAUUUGUUGCUUUGGAAGAGUUAAAAGCUCGACUCUUUCGCCCUGCAUAAAUAUAUGUUCUUGUAAUUUCGACA